UCAGAGCCUUUUGCGUGUGCGGCGUCGCUUCCGGGUGACUUCUGGAGAAAUCCUUUGCUUUUUGUAUUUUAAUCGAGUAAGUCUGAACGCUGCGAGUCGGGGAAAGGGCUCGAACAUGAUCAGAAUAUUCGGACGCGGGAAGCCCAAAGCGCCUCCUCCGAACCUGUCGGACUGCAUCAGCACCGUGGACGCCAGAUCCGAGUCCAUCGAGAAGAAAAUAGGCCGACUGGACGCCGAGCUGCUGAAGUACAAGGAUCAGCUGAAGAAGAUGAGAGACGGACCCUCCAAGAACACGGUGAAGCAGAAGGCCAUGAGGGUCCUGAAGCAGAAGAGAAUGUAUGAAGGUCAAAGGGAGCAGCUGGCUCAGCAGUCCUUCAACAUGGAGCAGGCCAACUACACCAUCCAGACAUUAAAGGACACCAAGACCACCGUGGAGGCCAUGAAGAUCGGAGCAAAGGAAAUGAAAAAGGCGUACAAAGAUGUCAAACUGGAUCAGAUCGACGAUUUGCAGGACCAGCUGGAGGACAUGAUGGAGGAGGCAGGUGAGGUCCAGGAGUCCCUGAGCCGCAGCUACGGAACUCCAGACAUCGAUGAGGAGGACCUUGAAGCUGAGCUGGAUGCUCUGGGUGACGAGCUGCUGCUGGAUGAAGACAGCUCCUACCUGGAUGAGGCUUCGGCUGCUCCGUCCAUCCCUGAAGGAAUCCCCAGUGACAGCAAGACAAACAAGGACGGCGUGUUGGUGGACGAGUUCGGCCUGCCGCAGAUUCCCGCCACAUGAACGCAGACGCCCGAAAGAGACUGCACUUCAACUGAAUCCACUUUUCUAUGUAGAGAAACGUUUCUACAUGCCACGCAUUUGAGCGGAGAACACUAUGGUUGUGUCGCUGUCCUUGUGUCGUCAUUUGUUACAGCUGUUGUGUUGGCGUGUGGCCUUAUCAGUCAUUUCUUUUUUGUUUAAUCUUCUCGUCAAUGUCAACAAUAAUUUAUUUCACAUUCUUCCAGUUUUCUGUGUUAGAGAAGUUGUUUGUUUUGAGCUUUUUCUCUAUUAAAAAUGUUUCUAGAAUUUUAAAGUCACAGAAUAAAUCCUUUGUUCUAACUAAA